ACAUCGCUUUCGACAAAAUCAGUUCAUUCGGAGUUCUUAUCUGGUGCUGGAAAGAUGUCUUGGAAUGGGCGAACAGCGAUGUCCCUGCUACUCGCGGCAUUCUUCCUGCUGCAAAUAGCUCACACAACUCAAGAAAGUACCCCCGAAAUAACUUGGGAAGGAAACUGCGAAUAUAGUGGCUACGAUGGAUCAGGUAACCAGAUCGAUAUCCAGCCAAUCAAGUCCCCAGUCGUUGAGAAAUUUGAUUUGGCGUUGAGUUUCGCGUUCGAAAUCAAGUCACAUGUUCUAGCGAAUGCCGAGGGGCUGGCGGAGACCUUGGAACUGAUCAAGAGAUUUGCGAAAGUUGCAACGUACGCUUCGGCGGCGUUUGGGGUCUUUGGCGCGGUGUUUGCCACAGUCGGAUUUGCGGAGGGACCAACACCAAAAGACAUUCUCGAGAAGGUGGAUGCCGCAUUCGAAGAGAUCACACAUAGCAUGAACCUGCGAAUCUCGUCCAUGGGACAAUACGUUGACAAGUCCAUCAUGGAUAUGGAAAGAAGACUGAUAUCAAGAGAGUUUAAAACUUUACAAAACAAGUGGUCCGUUUGCUUGGAAGAGGUCACUCUGGAGGACAACUUGAGAUGCCAGCGAGACGCCGCCAGAUACAUGGAUACCGAGCUCCCGAAGUACCAGAAUCAGCCCUUCAAAGAAGAUGUGGACUUGUACAACACAAAGAUCCUAGAGGCUUCUCUCUUGACCUUUAGAGACUACGCCUCGCUGCACCUUUACGCCCUGAAAAUGUUGGUUGGAUCGUACAGAAAUGACUCUAAAAGUGACGACAAGGACAAAUACAUCAAGCGCUACCUUGAGGAUAUUGUCGAGAAAGGCGAUCUUUACGUUAAAUACAGUCAGUGGGCAUACGAUCAAAUCUACAAAAAUAAGAUAACGAAUGCCGCUCAUCAAAACGAUGCUGAUCGCCCGAAAGACCAAGUAAUAACAUCAGAGCUUGACUCGAACACCAAUAGUUAUUUUUUCUACCAUCCUGACUACAAAACAGGCGUAACCGUCACUGCUAACUGCCCGACAAUGGAUGAAACAGCAAGAAUGGGGUGCAAGGUGAAAUACUACAAGACUGUCGACUUGGUUUCCAGUUCCACGUCCGGGCGACAUACCGAUAUCGCUGCAAUAGAUAGACAUAACAGGAAGACCAAAAGAGCUGCCGACAAUGAUGUCAAAGUCCAAGGCAAACGUCUUGUCUUAGAGAAAUGUGAUACACAUUUCAAACGGCUCAAAAAGGAUCUCGUAGUAUACUGGAAAACACAGCUACUUGAAACCGCAAAGCUCUGGGAAAAGGCGGUGUGUAAGGCAAAAGAGGAAUUGAUUGAGAUGGGCGAAGAGGAGACGCCAUGCAGUGAAAGCGGAGAAGAACCUGAGGAACAGAAAGAAACGUAAGGCAACGAGAAAGAACUGAAUAUGCCACAGAACCCUGGAGGCAACGGACAAACAACAUUAGAACUCACAAAAAUGUGAGGCGUCGGAACAGGAAACAAAAAUGGAGAAUAAUUUAGAUUUAGUUUCAAUCUGAUGUAUAGAUCAUUCUGAAUUACAUACUAAAAGCAUGCCUAAAACUCAAGAAAAAGAAUCAUAAAAAGAAAAGCAAGAAACACCUUAUCAUGAGAAUGUGUACAUCAAGCAUGAAGAUAUUGUUGACUACUUCAGCAAUAUAGUUGAUGAUUUUACUGGUGAAUACAAAAUAAAAUGACGAGCAUCUA